AUUGUGAAUACGACACGGGUUUGCUGGCGUUUUCAUACAGCGGUGUUGUAGUUGGUGAUGGCUGUCGCGCUGCGCUGCAAACUCGUUUCCUAACACGGCCGCACCGCCCGCUUCACGGUGUUCUUCGGCUCGUCAUGUGAAGCUGUAUUUGUGUCAGACUGCGCUUCCUUCCGCCAUGUUGAACUGAUUCAAGUUGUGAGUGACUGCUAGGACCGAAGUGACAAGCCCCAGAAAUCGGACUAGAUAGAGUUAGGGGGCUGAAACCGCGCCGGUGACGCAGGAAAAACACCCAGAAGCAGGAGAAAUCGUAGGAAUUAGUGCAUUUUCGUUACUCGUCUGUGUCCUGUGCAGUUGUCACCGAUUUAGGCCACGUUUAUGUAAUAUUCGACGGCACCAUCGUUCAAGGCUGGCCAUAGCCCCGUGAAUAGAGAGGAAGUCAUAUCAAAUUCCUGGUUAUGCAAUGGUCGCAGCAGCACAUCCAGAUCUCCAGGUGCUUGUGUCCCUCUGCUGCGUGUUCGGGCUCUCUUCCCUCUGCCGUACAGCUGAGGUGGCUGUGAUUUCCUUCCUGACCAGCGCUCCCUAAGAGGCCAAGAUUGCCAAGAUCUGCCCCGUGGCGAGCAUGACGGCCACCACGCGUGGCUCUCCGGUGGGGGGCAAUGAUAGUCAGGGCCAAAGCCAGGCACCUGAUUCUCAGAGCCAGCCUCCGCUGCCACAGAAUCAGACUUCAUCUCCUAACUCGUCUAAUGAGAACUCUCCAGUGAGUCCACCAGAAGAGCAGGGAGCUGGCGAUGGACCUCCUCAGCUGGAAGAAGAAGAGCCUGCUUUCCCGCACACUGAUCUAGCCAAGCUGGAUGACAUGAUCAACAGGCCUCGUUGGGUUGUCCCAGUUUUGCCAAAAGGAGAGUUAGAAGUCCUCUUGGAAGCUGCUAUAGACCUGAGUAAAAAAGGACUGGAUGUAAAAUGUGAGGCUUGUCAGAGGUUUUUCCGAGAUGGGCUGACCAUCUCCUUUACGAAGAUCCUGACUGAUGAGGCAGUUAGUGGAUGGAAGUUUGAGAUCCAUAGGUGUAUCAUCAACAAUACUCACCGUUUGGUCGAACUGUGUGUAGCCAAGCUCUCUCAGGACUGGUUCCCUCUAUUGGAGCUGCUGGCCAUGGCCACCAACCCUCACUGCAAGUUUCAUAUUUACAAUGGCACCCGCCCCUCUGAGAGCGUCCCGGCCGGAGCACAGCUGGCUGAUGACGAGCUCUAUGCCCGACCACCAGACCCAAGGUCUCCAAAGGGCUGGUUGGUGGACUUAAUAAACAAGUUUGGGACGUUAAACGGGUUUCAAAUAUUGCACGACCGCUUCAUGAGCGGACAAGCACUGAACGUCCAGAUCAUAGCUGCACUUAUCAAGCCUUUUGGCCAGUGUUACGAGUUUCUCACAUUGCACACAGUAAAGAAGUACUUCCUUCCGGUCAUUGAGAUGGUUCCACAGUUUUUGGAGAACCUCACCGACGAGGAGCUGAAGAAAGAGGCCAAAAAUGAAGCCAAAAAUGACGCACUAUCAAUGAUAAUCAAGUCUCUAAAAAAUCUGGCUUCACGUGUUCCAGGACAAGAAGAGACCGUAAAGAAUUUAGAGAUUUUUAGGUUAAAAAUGAUUCUUAGGUUAUUACAAAUUUCUUCUUUUAACGGCAAAAUGAAUGCACUAAAUGAAGUGAAUAAGGUGAUCUCCAGUGUAUCCUACUACACACACCGCCACAACCCUGAGGAGGAAGAGUGGCUGACUGCAGAGCGCAUGGCCGAGUGGAUCCAACAAAAUCACAUACUGUCGAUUGUGCUAAGGGACAGUUUGCAUCAGCCUCAGUAUGUGGAGAAACUAGAGAAGAUCCUGCGCUUUGUUAUCAAGGAAAAAGCUCUUACCAUGCAGGAUCUGGAUAAUAUUUGGGCUGCUCAGGCUGGAAAGCAUGAAGCAAUAGUAAAGAAUGUCCAUGAUCUUCUGGCCAAACUUGCUUGGGACUUCUCACCAGAGCAACUUGACCACCUUUUUGACUGCUUUAAGGCUAGCUGGACCAAUGCCAGCAAGAAACAACGUGAGAAAUUGUUGGAACUGAUUCGGCGCUUGGCGGAGGAUGACAAGGAUGGGGUGAUGGCUCACAAGGUUCUAAACCUGCUGUGGAACCUGGCCCACAGUGAUGAUGUGCCUGUAGACAUCAUGGAUCAGGCCCUGAGUGCACACAUCAAGAUCCUGGACUACAGCUGUUCACAGGACCGAGAUACCCAGAAAAUCCAAUGGAUUGAUCGCUUCAUAGAAGAACUACGAACCAAUGACAAAUGGGUGAUCCCUGCUUUGAAGCAAAUUAGAGAAAUCUGUAGCCUCUUUGGAGAAGCUCCUCAAAACCUAAGAAAGAAAAUUCCUUGUAAAAUACAAACAAGCAUAAUAGGUCAAACUCAGCGAAGUCCCCAUGUGUUUUAUCGCCAUGAUUUGAUCAACCAGCUGCAGCAUAACCAUGCUUUGGUCACCCUGGUCGCAGAGAACCUUUCAGCCUACAUGGAGACCAUGAGGCAGCUUUCCAAAGAAGAACAAGCUGAGUUUGACCCCCAAACCGUAAGACCUGGGAGUCGGUACAGCCAUGUCCAGGAAGUACAAGAACGACUUAACUUUCUGAGGUUUCUACUGAAGGAUGGGCAGUUGUGGCUUUGUGCCCCACAAGCAAAGCAGAUCUGGAAAUGCUUAGCGGAAAACGCUGUGUUUCUAUGUGACCGCGAGGCCUGCUUCAAAUGGUAUUCUAAACUCAUGGGGGAUGAGCCAGACCUUGACCCAGACAUCAACAAGGACUUCUUUGAGAAUAAUGUGCUGCAGUUGGACCCCUCUCUACUCACAGAAAAUGGCAUGAAGUGCUUUGAGCGGUUCUUCAAGGCGGUCAACUGCAGAGAGGGCAAGUUGGUGGCUAAACGUCGGGCUUACAUGAUGGAUGACCUGGAACUCAUAGGCUUGGAUUAUCUCUGGAGGGUGGUUAUUCAAGGAAGUGAUGACAUUGCUAGUCGGGCCAUCGAUCUGUUGAAGGAAAUUUAUACCAACCUUGGACCAAAACUGCAAGUUAACCAGGUGGAAAUUCAUGAAGAUUUUAUCCAGUCUUGUUUUGACCGGCUGAAGGCAUCAUACGACACUCUGUGUGUGUUGGAUGGAGACAAAGACAGCAUAAACUGUGCUCGUCAGGAGGCCAUUCGUAUGGUGCGAGUACUAACUGUACUCAAGGAGUACAUCAAUGAAUGUGACAGCGAUUACCACGAGGAGAGGACUAUACUGCCUAUGUCCAGAGCUUUUAGAGGAAAGCACAUCACACUUAUAGUUCGUUUCCCAAACCAAGGGCGUCAGGUCGAUGACCUGGACAUUUGGUCACACACCAAUGACACUAUUGGUUCAGUUCGACGUGCAAUUCUCAAUCGGAUCAAAGCUAAUGCUGCACAUACUAAAAUAGAGCUUUUUAUCGGAGGGGAGGUUGUUGAUCCAGCUGAUGACCGGAAGCUGAUUGGUCAGCUGAAUUUAAAAGACAAAACGCUUAUCACAGCAAAACUAACCCAAGUAAGUGCCAACAUGCCCUCUAGUCCAGAUAGUUCAUCUGACUCAUCCACUGGAUCGCCCGGUAACCAUGGUAACCACUAUAGCGAUGGACCCAAUCCUGAGGUGGAAAGCUGUCUUCCUGGUGUGAUUAUGUCACUGCACCUGCGCUACAUCUCCUUCCUGUGGCAGGUUGCUGAUUUAGGCUGCAACCUCAACAUGCCUCUUCUUAGAGAUGGAGCCAGAGUUCUCAUGAAACUCAUGCCUCCAGAUAAUACCACAGUGGAGAAUCUGCGUGCUGUGUGUCUCGAUCAUGCCAAGCUCGGUGAGAACAGCCUCAGUCCGUCUCUGGACUCGAGGUUCUUUGGACCGUCGCCCUCACAAGUGCUCUACCUCAUUGAGGUUGUGUAUGCUCUGCUGAUGCCGGCCAGUGCUACACUGGGGGAAGAUGCCAGUGACUUCCAAUACAACUUCUUGAAAAGUGGGGGGCUGCCUUUGGUACUCAGCAUGCUCACUAGGAACAAUUUCUUGCCCUCAGCAGACAUGGAGACCCGGCGUGGAGCUUACCUCAAUGCACUUAAAAUUGCCAAGCUCCUUCUGACUGCGGUUGGCUUUGGACAUGUAAAGGCUGUGGCAGAGGCCUGUCAGCCCAAUGCUGAGGGAAACGUUCCUGUUUCACCGAUUAAUCAGGCAACUCAUGACCAGGCCCUGGUCCUUCAAAGUGCUUUACAAAAUAUUCCCAAUCCUGCCUCAGAGUGCAUGUUGCGUAAUGUUGCUAUUCGUCUGGCUCAGCAGAUUUCUGAUGAGAACUUCUUCCAGGCAUCAAAGUACAUCCCAGAUAUAUGUGUCAUCCGGGCAAUACAGAAAAUUGUAUGGGCUUCAGGUUGUGGUACUGUCCAGCUUGUCUUCAGUUCAAAUGAAGAAAUCAGUAAAAUAUAUGAGAAGACAAAUGCGGCGAAGGAGCCUGAUGGUGAGGAUGAGCAGGUGUGUUGUGAGGCCCUGGAGGUGAUGACACUGUGUUUUGCCCUAAUGCCCACUGCUUUGGACACGCUCAGUAAAGAGAAGGCUUGGCAGACUUUUAUCAUAGAUCUACUGCUACACUGUCAUAGCAAGUCCGUACGGCAAAUGGCACAAGAGCAGUUUUUCUUGAUGGCAACCAGGUGCUGCAUGGGCCACCGACCACUCCUCUUCUUUAUUACUCUCCUCUUUACAGUCCUCGGGACUACAGCUAAAGAACGAGCCAAACACGCUGGAGAUUAUUUCACUUUGCUUAGACACCUUCUGAAUUACGCUUAUAAUAGCAAUAUUAACCUGCCAAACGCUGAGGUGCUGCUCAACAAUGAGAUUGACUGGCUAAAGCGAAUAAGGGAUGAAGUUAAAAGGACCGGUGAGACUGGUGUAGAGGAAACAAUUUUAGAGGGUCAUCUUGGGGUCACCAAGGAGCUGUUGUCCUUUCAAACCCCAGAGAAGAAGUACUACAUCGGCUGUGAAAAAGGAGGCGCAAAUCUCAUUAAGGAGCUGAUAGAUGACUUCAUUUUCCCAGCAUCUAAUGUUUACCUGCAGUACAUGAAAAGUGGAGAGUUCCCCACAGAGCAAGCAAUCCCAGUGUGUAGCACCCCAGCUUCGAUCAAUGCAGGCUUUGAGCUGCUCGUGGCCUUGGCUGUUGGUUGUGUCAGGAACCUCAAACAGAUAGUGGAUACCCUCACAGACAUGUACUAUUUGGGCGGCGAUACUUUGACUGAAUGGGAAUAUCUCCCCCCGGUCGGACCAAGGCCCAACAAAGGCUUUGUAGGUUUGAAGAAUGCAGGAGCCACUUGCUACAUGAACUCUGUCAUUCAGCAGCUGUACAUGAUCCCACCGAUUCGUAAUGGCAUUCUCGCCAUUGAGGGCACUGGCACUGAUGUGGAUGAUGAUAUGUCAGGGGAUGAGAAGCAGGAAAAUGAGAGCAACGUGGAUCCUCGAGAUGAGGUGUUCAGUUACCAUCACCAGUUCGAUGAUAAACCCUCUGGUAAAUCUGAAGACAGGAAAGAGUACAACAUCGGGGUGUUACGUCAUCUCCAGGUCAUUUUUGGCCAUCUGGCUGCGUCCAGGCUGCAGUACUAUGUUCCUAGAGGAUUCUGGAAACAGUUCAGGUUGUGGGGUGAGCCAGUAAACCUAAGGGAGCAGCAUGAUGCCUUGGAGUUUUUCAACUCUUUAGUGGAUAGCCUGGAUGAAGCGCUUAAAGCUCUGGGCCACCCGGCCAUGUUAAGCAAGGUCCUGGGUGGUUCCUUUGCUGAUCAGAAGAUCUGCCAAGGCUGCCCACACAGAUACGAGUGUGAGGAGUCGUUCACAACACUCAAUGUAGAUAUCAGAAAUCACCAGAACCUGUUGGACUCCAUGGAGCAGUACGUCAAAGGAGAUUUACUAGAAGGAGCUAAUGCCUACCACUGUGAGAAGUGUAAUAAGAAGGUGGAUACAGUGAAGCGCUUGUUAAUUAAGAAGCUGCCACCAGUCCUUGCCAUACAGCUCAAACGUUUUGACUACGACUGGGAGAGGGAAUGUGCCAUCAAGUUCAAUGACUACUUUGAGUUCCCCCGGGAGCUGGACAUGGAGCCUUACACUGUAGCUGGGGUGGCUAAGUUGGAGGGCGAUGACGUCAAUCCUGAAAACCAGGUGAUCCAGCAGAACGAGCCCUCGGAGCCCACUCCUCCUGGAAGCUCCAAGUAUCGCCUUGUGGGUGUACUGGUCCACUCAGGCCAGGCCAGCGGGGGACACUAUUACUCUUACAUUAUUCAGAGGAAUGGAGGAGAUGGUGAAAAGAACCGCUGGUAUAAAUUUGAUGAUGGUGAUGUGACUGAGUGCAAGAUGGAUGAUGAAGAGGAGAUGAAGAACCAGUGCUUUGGAGGAGAGUACAUGGGCGAGGUGUUUGAUCAUAUGAUGAAGAGGAUGUCGUAUCGGAGGCAGAAGCGCUGGUGGAAUGCGUACAUCCUUUUCUAUGAGCGUAUGGACUCACUGGACAAAGACAGCGAGCUUGUCAAGUACAUCUCGGACUUAACCAUCUCCUCCACAAAACCACAUCAGGUGAAGAUGCCUGGUGUUAUCGAGUGCAGCGUCCGCAAGCAGAACGUCCAAUUCAUGCACAACAGAAUGCAAUACAGCUUGGAAUAUUUCCAGUUCAUUAAGAAACUUUUGACCUGUAACAGUGUCUAUUUAAAUCCUCCUCCAGGACAAGACCAUCUUCUGCCUGAAGCAGAAGAGAUUGCUAUGAUCAGUGCUCAGCUGGCUGCUAGGUUCCUUUUCAGCACAGGAUUUCACACAAAGAAAGUAGUCCGGGGUCCUGCCAGCGACUGGUAUGAUGCUCUUUGCAUCCUGCUGAGGCACAGUAAGAAUGUACGCUAUUGGUUUGCACACAACGUCCUGUUUGCAUAUCCAAACCGGUUCUCGGAGUACCUGCUCGAGUGCCCAAGUGCUGAGGUGCGUGGUGCAUUUGCCAAGCUCAUAGUCUUCAUCGCCCACUUUUCUCUGCAAGAUGGACCCUGCCCUUCACCCACUGCCUCCCCGGGACCCUCUACUCAGGGCUGUGAUAACCUCAGUUUAAGUGACCAUCUGUUGAGAGCUGUACUCAACUUGCUUCGCAGAGAGGUCUCUGAACACGGCCGUCACCUGCAGCAGUACUUCAACCUCUUUGUUAUGUAUGCCAACCUAGGUCUUGCAGAGAAAACACAGCUGUUAAAGUUGAAUGUUCCUGCCACUUUUAUGUUGGUUGCUCUGGAUGAGGGUCCCGGCCCUCCAAUCAAAUAUCAGUACGCUGAACUGGGCAAACUCUACACCGUGGUCUCUCAGCUCGUUCGCUGCUGUGAUGUCUCAUCACGCAUGCAGUCAUCCAUUAAUGGUAACCCUCCACUCCCAAACCCUUACGGAGACACAAACCUAAGCUCCCCGGUGAUGCCUGUGCAGCAGCUGGUCGCAGAGAUCCUGUUUGUGAGGACAAGCUACGUGAAGAAGAUCAUCGAAGACUGCAGUAACUCAGAGGAGACUGUCAAACUGCUGCGGUUCAGCUGCUGGGAGAAUCCACAGUUCUCUUCCACUGUGCUCAGUGAGCUGCUCUGGCAGGUGGCUUACUCUUAUACCUAUGAGCUGAGGCCUUACUUGGACUUGCUGCUACAGAUUCUUCUCAUUGAGGACUCCUGGCAAACGCACAGAAUCCACAAUGUACUGAAGGGCAUUCCUGAUGACAGAGAUGGGCUUUUUGACACCAUCCAGCGCUCCAAAAACCACUACCAGAAAAGAGCGUACCAGUGUAUCAAGUGCAUGGUGGCUCUGUUUAGCAACUGCUCUGUGGCUUAUCAGAUUCUUCAGAGUAAUGGUGACCUAAAGCGAAAGUGGACCUGGGCGGUAGAGUGGCUGGGGGAUGAGCUGGAGAGGCGGCCUUAUACAGGAAACCCCCAGUACACGUACAAUAACUGGUCCCCUCCAGUUCAGAGUAAUGAGACGUCCAAUGGCUAUUUCCUGGAGCGUUCACAUAGUGCGCGCAUGACGCUGGCCAAAGCCUGUGAAUUGUGCCCAGAAGAGCUCAAGUGUACACAGGGAAGCCCAGGGAAGGAACCCGAUGAGCAGGAAGCACCAGAUGAUCAGGACUCCUCUCCUCCUGAGGACACAUCUCUUUACCCCCAUUCUCCUGGGACAGCCCAGUUUCAGCAGAACAACCAUCCUCAUGGGCAGCCGUACACAGGCCCCGCUGCUCAGCACAUGAACAACCCCCAGAGACCCGGGCCGGCCUCUGCCCCAAAUCCAGCUCCUCCUCAGACCACAAGCCCAGGUCCAGCUCCAGGGCAGGGCCCACGAGCACAAGAGAACUGGGAGAGCACUGAGGAGGUGGCACCCGCCUCCACCCCUGCCCCAGGGCCUGCCCCCCCUAAGGAGUAACGCCCCUGCAGUGCCUCGAGCCUCCAUCGUCCCGCUCUCCUUCCUCUUCUUUGGUCAACAGAGCUUCACUUUUGGCCCUCUCUCUGGCCCCAGGACAGGGCAGAGCAAGGUCUCCUCUUAUCUCAAGGCCACUUAAGAUGUUCUGCUGUCAGCCUGUAGGAGGCGCUCUCCCCUGGCCUGGGACUGCUCAGCGUGGGACAGGGGCCUGCUGGUUGCUACAGAGGCCAAGGAGUGGACAAAAAUUCUAAAAAAGGAAACUCAUUUAACCAGAGCUGGCGAUGCUGAUGCGCUUGUCUUCAUGACAAAAAGGUGUACAUAGUAUGUUUAUGUUUUUGACUGUUCAGAUCCCCCAAUAGCAUAACUUAUGGUUGGCUGCUGGGAGAUGUUGCAGAUUAAAAUGAAAAAUAAAAUGGAUAUUAUAAAUAAGAAAAAUGCCCCCAAAAACUGUACGACAACUCUUUUGUUUUAUCACCCAUGCUCAGCAGUGAAGUUUGUUAUACCAUUGGACGGUUCUCGGUCAUUCAACUGUAGAAGGACGCAUUGUUAUUAUCAUUAUAGUUCUAUUAUCUGAAGAUCCUUGGCAACCUUCUGACCCAUGCCAAAUCAACUCAAAGGUUGUGGUUGGUUUUAGUGUGACAUGGAAUGGUUGGGUGGACUUUCCGGUGUUUGGUUGAUGUGAAAAAGCAGUGAUGCAACGUUGUUCUGAAACUCAUUGCCUUCUUUUUCGUUUGUUCUGUUUAUUAAUUAAUUUGAAGCUCUAGUUAAUGCUGUAACAUUUAGCAUGGCUUCUCACCAGAAUAGUGUAGCCCAAGGGAAAACUUGUGAUCAUAACAACCUAAAGCUGUUCUAAACCCACAUCUCUACAGAGGGUUCUCCUUGCGUUUUUUAUUUCCAUCUACCUUAUCUAUGAUGAGGGCGUUACUUUGAACUUGUGUAUCAGAAAGUGGCUUUUUAAUUGCACAUUGUGACCCUACAACUUCACAAUUUACAUCCAGAUUUCAGUUUAAGGUGGGAAUACAUGGCUUAGCUUUCAUUUAUAGGAAUUCUGAAAAUGAAUCUUAUGCAACAAAAUUGCUGCACUUGGCUAUCUGGUAUAGUGAGAUUAUCUGGCAUCACCUCAGUGGAGCCUCCUUCUAGAUCUGCCCAUCUUCGUGCGUUUGCUGUGAGCUGAUAGGGCUAUAAGUCUGCUGGAUCCAGGAACCGUGACUCUGGGCCACAGUGAGACCUUCACUCAGCAGUUUCUCAGCAGGGUUGUAUCGCAGGAUUAGCAGCUGGUUAGUCAUAAUACAACUUGAGCUAACUUGUAAUUCUGUAGGAGUAAAGGUAAACAUCAGUAAAUACUGUAUUUAAUUGGUAACUUGAAUGCUUGUAUUUUUGAUCUUUGUUAAAACAUACCAAAUACUCCUGCAAAUGAAAAUAUUCUGCCCACCGUAUUAUAUUUAAAUAUUUUGCUCUUAUUUUAUAGAAUUUAUUUUGUUGUAUUUCACAAAUAGAAUUUGAUUUAAGAGGAACAUUUUUGUCCUUGUGUUAUUUUUAAAAAUAUUGACUGUACAGAGUUCUGCGCCCUGUUUUUGCCGACUUUUGUUUUGGCCAUGGUGUGAUUUUGAAUUCUGGAGCUACAGUCGAUGUGGACUUUCACUUUGUGAGGUUUUUGUGCACAGAAAUAUAAAGCAUUGCGCCCUUAGCAAAUAAAGAACAUGGAAUCUU